AUGGAACAAGACGGGCUUCCUUUGGGCGUUGCUGCUCGGGGAGUUUUCAAACAUCACAGAGAGUAUCCUAGGCUUCCAGAGGGAUAUACUUGGGAAACCCAAAGGCAGCGCUAUUGCCCACGCGACCUCCAUAUAAAAUCACUAUCGGGCCAGUCGGAGCUGAAGCACAAGUUUGGCUACGUAUUCUGCCACCGCGGACUGUACGAACGUGCGUUGGGCAUCCUUGACAAUUCGGCGGGCGCGAUUGAGAAUGGCAUAAACCAGGGCUUCUUUCUCCACGAGGUUGAUGCGUUUCUCCUGGAGAAACUAGACAAGGCCUUCGUGGCCCAUGACAAGAGUCCGCAGCGCGUCACGUCCAAAAAGGAAGUCUGGGACAGCUACUCUUUCCAUGAAAUCAUCACGACACCUCUUGUGACGCGGAGAGUGAAUAUGGCUACGCCAGACUUUGCCAGCUCAUACCUGCAGACGGAUGAGAAAGUGCUUGGCCUGAUCAACACGCUGUGGGAAGAAAAGCUCAGGCCUGUCGGCCGCACCCUUCAGAUCGACCUGAGAGACGAGGACUUUGCCAGGGGGAUCCCCUACUACUCUUUCCAUAUUGCAAAAGUGCCUUUUCAGUUUGCUCAGUCCCAGGGCGCACAUAAAACCCUGGUGUGGAGCAUGUUCCAGUCAACAAUCUUGAAGGGGUACAAUGAGAAGUUCGUCUCCUUCGAUCAUCUUCACGACGAAAUCAGGAGAAACUCCAGGGAGACCUACGGGCGGAAUUACUUUGACCUAAGGCAUUUGCACAUGCUUCCUCCUUUGAUAAUGGUCUUCUAUGCCGAUCCGCUGAUCAAGCUUGCGGGGAAGACAAAACCCAAGGAACGGCAUGGGAAUGACAGAAAGAGCUACGAACAUCUCUAUGAUAUCUUCCUCGAACAAGUCAAGUCCUUUAUUCGGAUUGGACCCAACUCGUACAAUUUCAUACUUGAGAUUGUCCACAGCGGUCUUGGGCUAGGAUACGACCGGACGAAGCCUCUGGACGCAACCAAUCCUCUAGACGGUGAGCCACUGAUCAAACCAGAGGUUGUCUUCGAGAGCCGCGUGGACCGAGUCAUGAUUGACGUCAGCUUGGCACUAAGAAAGGAGUACCCAGACCUCCUGUUUUCGUCUUGCACACGAUUGCCGGAUGUGAUUACAUCAACGGGCAAGUAUAAAGCGAAAUUCCAGACCUCAAGGUUGGUACCCUUGCAGGAAGGCGAGGAGGGACUUGCAACCAAGAUACGAGCUAUGCACGGAGGACUGUAUCCGCAGUCUCACCUCGUUGUUGCCGAUGACCCGAUGGCGGAGAUUGCUGCACGUACGUGGAUCGACGAGGAAUCCGGUCUGGAUCGAAGCGACUUACUUACCAUACCAUAUUACAAGUGGCUGGCAAAGGCUAAACGAAAGGACAUUGUUGCAGCUAUGGAGAAGCUUACUAAGCACGACUUUUUGCCAAAUCGAGUUGAGGACGCCGUCCCGGAAGCGGAGCCCGAGCCUCACAAUCCGAGAAACUUGAAUGCAAAAAUCGGAGCGUGGCUAGAGGGCGUCCUGUUCCCGCACGACGGCGGCGCAGAUAGACGAAGAGGCGGCUAUGAGAGCGACAGAGACUUUGUAUGCGGUCCAGACAACAGCGUGUCAGGCCAUGACAUCCCCUUCGCAGCCGACGAGAGAGCACUCCAGUCCAAGAGCCGCUACAACAAAAAUCAUGUAUCUCUCGUUGUGGCAGGUAGAAGAUUUACCUUUCUCAGCGAAGACGAAGCACAACGUGCGGCGGCCAGUUUAGCCGCCUACAAAGCAGCUGAACGGGGUAACAAAAAUGCCCUCGGAAGACUUAUCUCAAGCGGUGCCGACCUCAAUGCAUCGACGGAACUCUAUGGGAGCCCGUUAGCGGUUGCAUGCGCAAAGGGCCACGGUACGGUUGUCAAGUUGCUGCUUGACCACGGCGCCAGCGUUGGCGGACCAGGAACCUUCGGCUCCCCGUUGGAACUGGCGUCUGAAAAUGGCCAUUAUGAGAUUGUGUCGAUGUUACUUUUGGUGCUGGUGAAAAACAACGUGUACAAGGUGUAUCCCCGCGUCUCACAUAGGGUAUUUACUGGCACUGCACUUCAUAGGGCAUGUGGGAAUGGACACGCGUCUAUUGUUCAAUUACUCCUGGACAAGGGCGCCGAUGUCAACCUUGAAGGGGGCCUACUUCUGGAUAGAGGGGCCAACGUCAACACUCCAGGCGGAUUUUACCAUACCGCGCUGCGGGCAGCAUGUGUACAAGGCUACCAUACAGUUGUCGAGCUUUUGCUGGCUCACGGGGCCAAUGUCAAUGCCCCAGCAGAGAACCACAUGAGCGCACUCCACUCCGCUUGUCGAUACGGCUACGCAACAAUUGCUCGGCUACUACUGGACAAAGGUGCCGAAAUAGACUUCCCGUGCCCAGCAACAUUCGAACCGGAAGUCAUCUCGCUUCUGGUCGAAGCCGGCGCCGAAGUCGACAAUCAAGCGGUGUCAUAUUCAAGCCAAGGCAGGCAGGCACAAGCGAAACCUAGAAGACGCACCAUUCCACAGUGGAAGAGAUCCCUCAUACGCAAGCAACUGAAUGCGCCGCCGAUUGUGCCUCCACGCAGGCUCCCGAGCUGUGGCUGUUUAGUGUGCAUUAUUGACCAGGCGAUUCAGCCCGCCAUACCCAGAUAUGGGCUGUCCGAAGUACGGGCCGUUGAUCCGGUUCGUUAUACACUCGAAGAGAUGAGAUCUCAUGCGGCCAACUCCUGA